UCCAUCUGCAAUCUCAUCUUCCCUUCCUCGUUCGGCACACCUCCGUCUGCUCUUCUUCAUGAUCAGAGAAAUGAAAGCAUUGAAAAGGCUAAAGAUUCUUAUUUCCUGUGUGUAAGAGAAAUGAAAGCUUUGAAAGGCCUAAAGAUUCUUAUUUCCUAUGUAAGAGAAAUGAAAGCAUUGAGAGGGCUAAAGAUUCUUAUUUCCUAUGUAAGAGAAAUGAAAGCAUUGAGAGGGCUAAAGAUUGCACGUCAGACUCCGCAGUUUCCCUUAGUUGUCAAACAGGAAGGAUGUAAGGAUAUGAAGGAUGUAGAAACUUACAGAGACUGGGCCAGCCUCCCAACUGAGCUCUUAGAACAUAUCAUCGACCGAUUGCCCCUGAUCGAGUAUCUCACAUUUCGUGGCGUCUGCAAGUCAUGGCGAUCGGCAUCUUCCGAUUAUUCACCCAAAAAUCAACCCAAAGCCCAUCGCCCUUGGAUAUUGUUCUUCAGCCCGACCAGUCCCACAAAAUGCUUCUUGUAUAAUGAGCCCUCUGAAAGUUACUACAACAUAGAAAUCCCAGAGCUACAAAACUCAUCCUGCCUGGCCUCAAACCAUGGAUGGUUGCUCAUCCACCAUGAUGGAUCUCUGUUCUUCUUCAAUCCCUUCUCUCGAACAAAAGUGGAACUUCCGGAGUUCAAACAUUCGCCGAUCUCCGAUCAUGUGGCCACCUUCUCAUCACCCCCUACAUCUGAAGAUUGCAUGGUUUUUCUCGUUAGUCGCAGUGACCCAAAAACAUUUGAGAUAAACACGUGCCGCCGUGGAGAAAAUGAGUGGACUACGAUAUGUUGUUCUCAGAAGCAAAGUAAUUUAAAUGCCAUUACGGGUGCAGUAUUCAGUGAAGGGGAGUUCUACUACUUCGAUUCGGAUAAGAGAGUGGGGACUUACUGUGCUGAAGACAGACUGUUUGACAUUUAUGAGAUCGUAAAACAUGGAUCUUCAUCGAGCCGUUGUCUACCCUUUUAUAUUUGGAGGAAUCAUUUUGGCAAUAUGGCAUUGGGUAAAUGUAUCGGACUGAACAUAAAGGAUUUAUUGAUGAAGUUUGGAGAGAGGAGGAUUUCGAUAUCUGUUUGUGGGACAACAAUACCGCACCGAAAUUCAGAAGUGUGCAUUGCGAAUGAGCGGAUGGAAUACGAUAUGGAAGAUGCUAAUGAAGAAAACAAACGGCGGUUUAUCAAUGCAGUAUGGAUCGAUCCACAGUUUAUCCAACUCUCUCCAAAUUAUAGGUGGUCUUCUUAAGAAGCCUUAUUGGUUAAAAAUUCUUUUAUUUUUAAAUAUUUAUUAGAAAUUGUUCUUUAGGUCAACCUUAUGGUAGGGUUGAGCUCUAUGGGGGCCACCAUGAUUUUUAUUUUUUAUUUUUUUCAGACAUCUAAACCUUGCAUCUGAUGAGUUCUCUCUAGGUGAUGGUUUUUUUUCCAAAGAUUAGUUGUAUCCGGAACUCAAGUCAACCACACCAUCUGGAACAGUCAAAAUCAUCUAUAAAACAUCUAAAAUCAUUUCAUGGGCCCACCUGAUUUUUGGGAUAGCAUGAAAUUUGGUUGGUCCCCUCAUCCAGGAGGUAGACACACAAUGGAUGGGUCAGAUGCCUGAACCAUAUCUAUGUUGGCUCAAUAACAAUUAGGAAGCUUUAAAUGGGUGGGCGUCCCCUCAUCUGUUUCCUGUCGUGUGGCCCACUUAAAGUAUGAUCAGACUGGACUUUGGGCUUUAGGCCUGAAAAUGUGGGGAUGCAUCUGAUGGAAGGGGUGGAUGUGUAACAUAUCAUGGUAGUGUCCACAUAGCUUAACCUCACAAUAACCUUACAGUAACGUUGACCUUAUAGGAACAUUUUUCCUUUUUUAGUUAGGAUUUUAGUUCAUCUUUGUUCUGCAUUGAUGGAGGUUAGAUAGUGUUUUUACAGAACUGACACUGAAUUUCAUUUUCGAUUAUAUGCCUUUUUUUUCUGCCUGGCAGGCAAUAAUUACAGUUAAGCCCUGUUUGUUUUGGUGUAAAAAUACUGGAAAACUAUAGUAGAAGCAUAACAAUGAGAUAAUAA